GUGGAGGAUAACACAUAGAGGCGGAGGGUGCAAAGGAACCGCAGGCGGGAGAGGAAGUUGCUGUGGGACAGUCGCCAGCUCUGAGGGGUUUUGCACCUCUCUGGCUGCAAGGCAGCUCGCUCGGGUGCCAUUUGAAGAUGCACUGGGAUCGGGAUCCCUGGUGCCCACUGGCACCGUCGGUGCUGCUCUGCCUGGUGCUGCUGGCUGCGGCCAGCGGCCAAGGACCCCUGGAGUGCUGGGAACAAGCCGUGUCUGCCAACGGAGCGCUGCACCUGCAGCCGGAGAAACCCCCGCAGGGAUGGACAAAGGUCACAUGGAGAGUGAGACUGGAUGCAGGAUACCAGCAGCGGAUCCUGACGGUUGAGAAGAAUAAAGCUGACCUAUUCUCCAACAGUACUUUUUUUGGGAGAGCUGUUUUCCAGCAGGAGACCUUCUCCCUGCAGAUCAGCCCAGUUAGCACAGCAGACAGUGGGGUCUAUGAGGCAGAAUUUGAGGACACAUCAGGCACCUUGACUACCCGGUGCUUCCGUGUGUCGGUGUGGGAGCCCGUCCACUCGCUGCACCUGGAGACACAUGUUCUGGACCGGGAACAGGGCUGGUGCAACCUCUCACUGGUCUGCACUGUGUCUGGUGCUGGCAACGUCUCCUACAGCUGGUCCUGCAGUGGGGAUCCCCGGGGAGCCCUGGAGCACCAGUCCUGGCUGCACCUGGAGGUCCAUGGGGAUGCUGGCCCCACCAUCUGCCGCUGCAACGUGAGCAACCCGGUGAGCUGGAGCACAGACAGCACCAACAUCACGGUAGCUUCCUGCCAAGCCGUGGCCUCAGGGCAUUCCAGCAUCAUUCCAUGGUGGGCAGUGGCUGUGUCCCUGGGGCUGGCACUGGCCAUCUCCAUAGCCCUCAUUGUCACCUGCAACUGGCGGAGGAAGCGAGCAAAGGACCCCCUGGCAGGACAAGUUGAGCAGAUGCUGACUGUCUACGAGGAGGUGGGCAAAGCCCAAACUGGCCAAAACCCUAAUGGGACCAGUGAGGCCACCAUGGGAGGAAACACCAUCUACGCUGUCAUCUGCACCAAAAUGCAGGGACCCAGCCACCCUCAGGAGCCCAAAAGCUACACCAUCUAUUCCACGGUUCAGCCCAACAGGAAGUCGUCUUCUCUCAAGAAGAAGAGGCUGGACCCAGCUUUGGUUUCCACUGCCUACGUAGAGGCUACGGCAGGUUCUAGAAGCUGGUGUCCCCCGUUGCAGACAUCGCCCCUGGCUCCUGCUGGCCACCACCAUUCCUAGUGCCCCAGCUGCCUCAGCAAGACCUUCCCUUCCCUACAGGCCUCUUCUCCAGGAUCACACAGAGACCUCCAGCACGCACCAGGACCCCAACCAGGAAAGCCGGGGGCUUGCUCGGAAUGGGAAUGGUCAGACGCGGGUUUUUGCAAGGAUGCAAACCCCAGCUGUGCCUUGGAGGCUUUCCUGUGAGGGAAGGAGGAAAGACUUGGUGAUGGAAACCUGUCUUCGGAGGAGAUGGAUGUGAAAUUGGACAGAUGGGGUUGUGGGGGAAGAGGACACAUGUGAUGUCCUGGGCACAACACGGUCCAUUGGAGGUGGUAGGGGCUGUUCAUGGGGUGGCAUAUCUCAGCCCCAGACUGCAAACCCAGACCUCCUAU